CUAAAACCAAUCAAAACCCCAACCUUACCUUACCCCCUAAAUAAUGCCGCACUCAGUAGUCACCUGAAUUCAGCAGCUCGAUCUCUCUGCCGCUAUAUAUGUCACCCAAGCCUCGAGUACAGAGGCUCGUUAGCUAGCUACGAACGACACAAGAUCAUCAGCUUCCAAAAGCUAAGAAGAGUGCCCGAUCGAAGUAAACUACUCCUUCGUCUUCGUCUUCGUCUUCGUCUUCGUCUCUGUCUCCGGCCGGUCUUCUUCUUCUUCGUCUCCGUCAAGCUAGCUCGAUCACGGCCGUCUUCUUGAUCAAGAACCAUGCGGGAUAACAGCAGCAAGAGCGGCGGCAAUAAUGGGAAGAUGACGAAGAUCACGGUGGCGAUGAUGCUGAACCGGAAGGGGCCGUGGACGGAGCAGGAGGACGCCCAACUGGUAUGGUUCGUGCGCUUGCUGGGGGAACGGCGUUGGGAUUUCUUAGCUCAGGUCUCAGGUCUGCGGCGGACGGGCAAGAGCUGCCGUCUCCGGUGGGUGAACUACCUGCACCCAGGGCUGAAGCGCGGCCGGAUCACGCCCGACGAGGAGCGCCUCAUCCUGCAGCUCCACUCCCAGUGGGGCAGCCGAUGGUCACGCAUCGCACGGAGGCUCCCCGGCCGCACCGACAACGAGAUCAAGAACUACUGGCGCACACUCACACGCAAGCUCAAGGCCGCCGACAAGACGACGUCGCCGGAGACGAAGAAGAAGGAGGCACUUCUUCUCACGGCCGAGGAUUCCUCGUCGAUGUCUUCUUCUGUGACGGCGGUGUCUUCCUCGGUGGUGACCGGCGGUGGAACAGAGGAGAUGCGACGAACAGAGGAAGCAGGGGAAGCAGAGGAAACAGAGGAGGAGGCGACGACGGCGGCGAGCGAGAAGAAGCCGGAGAAGGACAUGGAGAUGGAGGAGCUGUGGGACGAGAUCGCGGCGGCGGAGAUGGCCAUGGCGGCGGCGAGCUGGCCGGGGCUGCAGGUGGGGCAGGAGCUUCUUCCGCCGCCGUCGUCGCCGGCGUGGGAGGACUACUCGUUGUGGAGGAUCGACGACGAGGAGUACUACAGCAAGAUCGAGGGCGCUCUCAAUUGAUCCACUGAGAGGAAUUGCAUUCCCCUUUCUUCUUCUUCUUCCUCUUCUUCUUCCUCUUCGCCUUCGCCUUGAUCUUGCCGUUUAUCAGCUUUCUCAUGCAUGUUAAUUAACUACAUGUAGGAAUUGAGUGUGUGAGAUCAUGUUAGUCAUGUCUGCUGCUUGUGUACAUGUAAAGAGACUAAAUUAGUUAUAUUUGAGAUCCAUCGCCAUAUAUUGCUAGCUAUAGAUUGUUCUGAAGAAUCAAGUGCUGCCUUGAAAAAUUUAUAAA